AUGGCAGUAAAACGUAAAUCCGACACCACCUCUGUUGCUGCAUCCUCCAAGAAACGCAAAUCCACUUCUUCCUCUUCUCCAGAAUACACGUUCGCAAAAUCUCUCAUUACCAGUGUUCUUGCCGACCCAAAAUCAUGUUCUCUGGACUUUGAUGUCAGCGACGGAGAUGCCGUUCGACAGGUUCUCUGUGACAUAGCGAACUACACACGUAGCUUAGAAGAAGAAGUCGAGGAGUUAAAGACAGCAAAUGCCAAUGGUACCAGAAUCGAGAAAGAAAAGUCGCCAGAGGAAAUGAAAGUAGCAGUUACGCGUCUUACAGAUCUGAUUGUUCGUGGAAUCAAAAGACAGCUCACAUGGAAGCCAAACUGCAAGACCAAUUCUGCAAAGUUCGUCUUCGAUGGUCUCUGUCCCGAUCCGCUCGUCUUCGGUGCAAUACUCAAACUUGAUGGACCGCCAAAGUUCAAGCUGAAGAAAAUGUCCGGAUCCGAGUUCGAAGGACUCGUGGGGGAGAUUGUCGGCUCAGCGAGAUACAAUGAUCUAUAUAUCACAAAGUCAGAUAUUAACAUCCGAUACAAUGCCGAUUCAGGAGAGUUCAAGAUCAGCGGAUGUUAUGGUAUCUCGCCGGUUUGA